AUGUUAGAUCAGUGUAUAGUUGUGUACUAUACAACUAAAAAAAUAUGUUUUUUCGGUGGACGGGGUACAAGCAAUUCUAGCAGAACUAAGGCUGUCUCUCCAACAGUGCAUAUUGAUGUCGAUGCAACACCCGCUCCUGCUGCCCUAGGUCAAGUAAAAGAUAGCAACAUAUACAAUGUGUGGAAUUAUGGUUUUAGUGUUGGACAAGGAUUUAAAUGUGGGUUUUGUGGCACUUCCAAGAAAUCCGGAGGUGCAACACGAUUAAUGCAGCAUCUAGCUGGAGUGCCAGGUGAUGUCGCUUUUUGCCAAAAGGUGACAAGUGAUGUGAAGCAAGCUAUGUGGACAAAGCAUAAAGAUUCUAAGGAAAGGAAGAAAAAUUUAAAGAGGAGCAAAAAGAGGUUGGAAAAUGCUCUUGCGAGUGAGAAUGGUGGAAAAGGAAGUAUUUAUGUGGCAAGCGACGAUGAGGAGCAGCAAGUGCACUUGGUAAUGGCAUUAUCAAGAUCAGAUAAUGAUUUGCAACAAGAAAUGGAUAUGAGGCAAGCCUCUCAUGAGCAUGGAUCUGGUAGUGGUAGUUCAUUUGCCCCAGCAGCUAGUGGCAGAUCAGGUAGCAGACCUCCAACUGUACAACCAAGGAUUGGCUCAUUUGUUACAGCUUCUAGUUCUGUCCAGCCUAGGAUUGAUACCACCUUGAAGGAAGGAGUGGUGGAUAAACUUGCACAAGCUUGGUCCAAAUGGUUUCAUGCAAAUGACAUUGCCGGGAUAAAAGCUGAUUGUCCUUAUUAUCGAGCAGCAAUGAGGUUGACUCAAGAGAUAGGAACAACGAGUAGAUUGUUCAGUGGGAGUGACAUUGAUGGCCCAUGUUUGGAUGCUAACUAUAAGAGCAUUGAGGAGGCUCUUGAGGUCUUUAAAAGGGAUUGGAAGAGAUAUGGUGUUACAGUCAUGUGUGACUCAUGGACGGGUACGACAAACAUGAGUAUUAUCAACUUCAUGGUGUAUUGCCAUGGGCGCACAUUCUUCCAUAAGGCUAUCAAUGCAAGUGAGCACAUGCAGAAUGCAGAAUAUUUGUAUACACAUAUUAAGCAAGUGGUGGAUAACAUUGGCCCCAAAAAUGUUGUGCAGCUUGUCACAGACAAUGGGGCAAAUUACAAGAAAGCAUGUGCCAAGCUUGUUGACUUGUACCCCAAAUUAUUUGGCAGCCAUGUGCUGCUCAUACAAUCAACCUAAUGUUGAAGGACAUUGGUAAAUUCUCUGAGAUUGAUGAUAUUGUGUCAAGUGCC